GGCAGCUGGGUGGCCCCAGUUCCCGGGCAUCAGCAGCACUGCCACUGCACACCGAGCAGGUGCCAGCCAGUGCUCCUCCAGGCCCGCGCCCUCUCCAGCGUCUGCUUCGUCUUGGGACUUCCUCUGCCUGUGGCUGCUCAAAGAUCUCUUCAUUUCACACUCUUGGGGCUUUCCAGCUGUCUUUCUGUUACUGAUCUGUACCUUCAUUCUGUGCGGGGCAGAGAAGGUGUGAUACUGUCGGGCACACCGAGAAAGAUGCCAUUGACCUCUCCCACUGGGAAACCUGUGUCCGCGUGCUGGCAGUGAGGCCUGGGCAGGCAAGGCCCCUCGCAGUGCAGCCCGCGGGCAGCAGGAUCCUGUGCGCCGCCGCCCCAUGCCUGCUGUGGUGUUGCUGCCACACCUGUCGAGUCCUGCAGGGGGCCAGGUUGCAGGAGGGGCUGUCCAGGCCCUCCCACAUGCCAGCAUCCCACUUUGCUGCCCGCUGCCGCCUCAGCUGCUGUUGAUCAACCUGGCCCAGCAGGACCGGUGGCAGUCCUCUCCCAGCCAGCUAUACCGGCUGAGGCGCAGCCUAGGGUUCCCUUGCCCAUCUCAGGUCCGAGGCUGCAGGGCUGCCUGAGGUGGGGGCUGGGCCCAGAUUCCAGAGGAUGCUCCUGGUCUGCCAUCAGAAUCCCCUGGGCCUGGCUCUGGGUCCCCUGCAUGUGUCCCCAGGGUGCCCACAUAACACGGACCGGGAGGUCAGGGUGCUCUGGCCUGGCUGUGGCUGGCAGCAGUGGGAAGUCUGGUGGACUGCAGUGGCCGCCUGAGCCCCAGGUCCCGUGCCCUCGGCGCCCCCGGGGCUGCCAGCUCUCACAUCUCCCUGCCCAUGCCCUGCAGGCCUGGUGCCCAUGCCAGGAUGCCGGCAGUAGGCGGGGCAUCAGGCACAAUGCACCUUGGUGGCAAAGCCCCAGGAGUCAGGUUCAGGCCACAGCAGGUUGAGGGGUUGGCCUCAGCUCCAGGGGUGCCUUUGCCCCUUCUGUGUUAGCAGGCAGGGACUCAAGGAGGCCCAGGACCUAGACAGGACCCCAGUCCAGCAUGGAGGGAAGGCUCCGGCUCCCCAGAGGACUUCCACUUUCCUGGGUCCGCCCCAGAGCCACUGGGCUGGCCAAUCAAGGCAGGCCAGCAGGGACUGUCCCCUUCGGGAGGACCCGGAACCCAUCAGGAAGUGCACAGCCUCUCUCCCUAGGCCAGCAGCAUCGCAGACAUCCUGACAGCUGCAGCCAGGGCCGGCGGGCAGGUGGCUCCACAGGACCCUGAGCCGCCCUGACCCCAGCCCUCCACCAUGUCGGACUAUGAGAACGAGGAUGAGUGCUGGAGCACCCUGGAGGGCUUCCGAGUGAAGCUCAUCUCUGUCAUUGACCCUUCGCGCAUCACCCCCUACCUGAGGCAGUGCAAGGUCCUGAACCCAGAUGACGAGGAGCAGGUGCUCAGUGACCCCAACUUGGUCAUCCGCAAGCGCAAAGUGGGUUUGCUCCUGGACAUACUGCAGCGGACCGGCCACAAAGGUUAUGUGGCCUUUCUGGAGAGCCUGGAGCUCUACUACCCACAGCUGUACAAGAAGGUCACUGGCAAGGAGCCGGCACGAGUCUUCUCCAUGAUCAUUGACGCAUCCGGGGAGUCAGGCCUGACGCAGCUACUGAUGAGCGAGGUCAUGAAGCUGCAGAAGAAGGUGCAAGACCUUACAGCGCUGCUGAGCUCCAAGGACGACUUCAUCAAGGAGCUGCGCGUGAAGGACAGCCUGCUGCGCAAGCACCAGGAGCGCGUGCGGCGCCUCAAGGAGGAGUGCGAGGCGGGCGCGCUCGACCUCAAGCGCUGCAAGGAUGAGAACUACGAGCUGGCCAUGAGGCUGGCCCGCCUGAGCGAGGAGAAGGGCACUGCGCUCAUGCGCAACCGGGACCUGCAGCUGGAGGUGGACCGGCUGCGACACAGCCUCAUGAAGGCGGAGGACGACUGCAAGGUGGAGCGCAAGCACACGCUGAAGCUGCGGCACGCCAUGGAGCAGCGGCCCAGCCAGGAGCGCAUGUGGGAGCUGCAGCAGGAGAAGGCCCUGCUGCAGGCGCGGGUGCAGGAGCUCGAGGCUGCAGCGCAGGAGGGGAGGCGGGAGCGGAGCAGCCCCUACAUCCAAGUGCUGGAGGAGGACUGGCGCCAGGCGCUGCGCGAGCACCAGGAGCAAGCCACCACCAUCUUCACCCUACGCAGAGACCUCCGCCACGCAGAGGCUCUCCGUGCCCGGUGCUCAGAGGAGAGGGAGAUGACGGAGCUGCAGUGCCUGGCCCUGCGCAAGGACUCCAAGAUGUACAAGGAGCGCAUCGAGGCCAUCCUGCAACAAAUGGAAGAGGUCGCCUUCGAGCGGGACCAGGCCAUGGCCUCACGGGAGGAGCUGCACGCGCAGUGCGCCCGGGGCCUGCAGGAGAAGGACGAGCUACGCAAGAGGGUCCGAGAGCUGGGCGAAAAGGCCGACGAGCUGCAGCUGCAGCUGUUCCAGAGCGAGGGCCGGCUGCUGACCGCUGAGGCCCGGCUCAAGCAGCAGCAGAUGGACACCCUGGUCCUGAGCUCUGACCUGGAAGACAGCUCCCCCGGGAACUCACAGGAGGAUGGCCUAACAGGACAACCUGCCUCUCUCUGCAAGCUCUCACUGCCCCAGGACCUGGAGGAUGACAGACAGCGCUCAGACAAAGGCAGCGUGGCCAAGCCUGAGAACGUGGAACAGCAGCCCUUCGUGUCCCUGCAGAAGGAGCCGCUCUCGCUUAGUCCCCAUGAGCCUGGCCCGAGUGUGGGCGGGGAGCCCCCGGAGAAGGAGCGGCGGCGCCUCAAGGAGAGCUUCGAGAACUACCGCAGGAAGCGAGCGCUCAGGAAGGUGCAGAGCAGCUGGCAGCAGGGCGAGGGCGACCGCGGGAACACCACCGGCAGCGACAACACAGACACCGAGGGCUCCUAGUCCACCGGAGAAGCGCGCUCCCCCAGUCUCCUCCCUCCAUCUCCUCCCCCCGCGGAGGCGCGCGCCCGUGUCCAAGCCG